GCGCACUCUCUUCUCGACUGUUCCACAGUUAUUUCACUCCUUUUUCGCUUUUCGCUAAUUUUUUCGCAUCCUCCCAUUUUUAGUAGUUUCCGCUUUGAUCUCUUCUCUGUUUUGCUCCUUUUUUUCGGGUGCCUUCCCCGCGUCCGACCCUCGUUUCAAACGAUCCAGUCCACGUGUUGUUCUGUUUACGCGGAAAAAAUCACUCUCCUCUCUCCGCAAUCAUGGAGGAAUCCUUAGGAGCCAUUAUCAAAAACUCAGAAGUGUGGACUCCCACGUUAACUAUCAUUGGUCCAUCCAUUUCUACAAGAAAAAACUAAAAGUCGUUAUUUGAUCGUUUAAAUUUACGUUUAGCUAGGAUUUGCCAUUACCAUUGAUGAUCAGCCAGCAGAAAUACCUUCAAUCGCACCAUGUACCUGCAAGGACUUAUCUUUACUGCAGACACUCCGUUCACGAGUACCUCGUCAAACCUUGUAUCCUGUCCUCCAGAUGUUGUGCCUACAUCCUAUCUUCUCUUGCCAAGCGUCGGAGAAACAAAGGAAGAAAAAGAGAUAAGGAAAAAGCUAUCCUUGGUACAAACGUAUGCGGAGAGGUUGAAGCCGUUCCUACAGUCUAAUGUCGUCAUCCUCAAUGAAAAGAACGCAUCGCAUCUAUCGGAAAUAGAUCAGAUCAAAGUCUACGAAUUUUUCGUGAAUUUGCAGACAAAAGAUUCAUCCUCGUCUCCUGUAGAAAAGAUAACUAGGUUUCUUAUCACACCUUGGUCCUACAUGCACUUCUUUAAACGGUAUAUUUCUGCGCCUAUCGAUUUUAUUUCUGACCGCGUUGGGACUCGUGAGUUUGAGCACCAGUUCAAAUGUGCGGUUGAUGACAGCAACUUGCAUUUGCUGGAGGGUCUUCUAAGCCGCAAGCCCGACAUUUCUAACACUGAUGGAAGGCCUUUGUUGCACCUGGCCGCCAUGAGAUGCUGCCUUGAGCUUGUCAGAGCAUUGCUGGACCACGGAGCGAACGUCACACAACUCUCCAGUCUCAGAGAGACCCCUCUGCAUUAUGCUGUGAUGGGAGGGUCCCCUGAGAUAGUACAGCUUCUCUGCGAAAGGGGUGCGGACGUAGACGCAAAUGAUUGGGAUGGUUUUACCCCGCUGUUCUUUGCAAAGCACCCUGACGUGGCUAAUGUACUCUUGGAAAAUCACGCAAAUCCUUGCGCGGUUUGCGGCGAAAAUCAGUUGAUGGAGGAAAAACUAAUCAGAUCACAAUACAUUACCGAGGAAUUGUUCCGAGUAUUCUCCAAGUAUGGAGUACGGUAUUUUGAUGAUUGCCGUGAGUCAGGAAAUAGAACCCUGGAGGUUGUUGGUUUGAAGUAUUGUAACAGCGAGCUAUUUUCAUGUAUGCUUGAAAGCUGUUUUAUCGGUCCUGAUCGUUUAAAGAAAUUAUAUUCGUGCGCCGAGGACGAGGAAAAUAUCAGACUUGACAGUCGCACAUUCUUAGACUUGCGCAGGUAUGCGUCUAAAAUAGCAGCCCUUUUCCAGAACCCCCAGUUCAAUGAAUUUGUGAGUUCUAAGUACACGAGUGAUGAUGGUCGCGCCUUGUCAUUGUGGGCUAUUAGGUAUGUAGAUAAUACACUCCCACGCGUACAAGAUUUUACAAGAUUAGCUUGUGAUGAAGAAGUGGCUCGCAUGAAGAGUCACAUUUUCCCUGGUGCAACUAUGUCAAUUUUUGACCUACUGAUGAAGAACGUACUGGAAGUCGCCCGCCUGCUCAGAAACGAAGUUUUUGCUUCCAUGGUCGACUCCUUCGAGUGGAAUGAAUUUAAUAAUCAAUUUCCGUUGUAUUGUAGAAUCUUCAGAUAUCACCUGGAGAAUGGCAGCCAUCGAAAACAGUUUCAGGAAGAAGCCCGGAAAAUUUUAGAUUCCCUAUCGCUCCGCUUUAAACGGUUGCCUAGUGAAAUGCAGGAGCAUAUACUCGACUUUCUACGCAUGAUAGAUCUUGUCAACAUUAAGAGAGUUCUAGGACUUCCAAGUGACUCUUGAAUAAAUAACUCGUCUUGCCGUGAGGAAAGAGUCUAUUUUCCAACGAACCCUCAACCGCAAAAAACUCACCAGAGAAUGAAGUUUUUUUGUCACAUCGUUGAAAAAUCGCCGAUUAUUGUGAUUGAAGCAACUCCUACUCCCUUGUGUUUUACUCGCGAUUACCUUUUAUUCCUAUGUAUCCUUUUGAUAUGUUUUGUUAUGUUCCCUACUCAAUCUCCAUGGAAGUUUAGAUCCUCUUGAAAUUCUAAUGUUUAUUGAAAUCCUCCAAUAUAUGUUCAUUUAUUAAUUUAAAAAUUCUACAGUAAUACGUUACUAAAAAGGGGGGGGGGGGAGAAGGAUACAUUCUCAGUGUAAGCCAGCAUUUCAAUCGUGAUUUUAAUAAACCAAUCUCUUUUUCUAUGAAUUGCGAUUCGAUAAACUUUUUUUGUAUCAAUUUUUCGAGGCUUAACACUUCAUUGAUGUUUUAAAUGUUCAAUUGUAUUCUUUUUUUAGCGUUUUUUUGUAUUCUUUUUUUAGCGUUUUUAUGUAUUCUUUUUUAGCGUUUUUUUGUAUUCUUUUGUUUUCUUUUUUUCAUUUUGUCAUUUUUAACGUGUAUUCAAAACCUUAAUUACCUCAUAUGUAUAACCCCUGCAGUAUUGUUUUCUUCAAUAAUAAAGGUCAUUUUCCUUUUCACGUA